UGGAGAGCAAAGCGGUGCUAGGGCUCUGUGUAAGGGAGGCAACGGGACCGAGCUUAAUUACACAUAUUCCUAUUUCCAUAGCGUAUAGACAUCCCUCCUGUUAAUUCCUUAUCAUAUCACGUUGUUUAUCAUGCAGCACAAUUAGGCAUACUUGAUCUGUGUUAGUAGCUGCUCGGAAGUGAUGCUGAAUAGUGAAUACGCGGUGUUGGCAGCUGUAGGCGCUUGUAUGCUCGCUGUGUGACAGAGAAAGGUCACAAUCACACCCCUGAGGCUCCUUUGGGCAGCUCUGAUGAGUUGAGCAAAAGCGUCGCUUAUGAGAUUAGUUCUAUAGUCUUUACAUAACCAACGUUUGCCAUUCCAUUUCUCUCAUUAACACACGCUGGCACUUUUUGCUCAGAACAUUGACCCGCGCUGCAGCCAUGGAGUUUGAUUUUGACGUACACACGAUUUUCCUGGAGCCAAUUACAAAACUGGACAACAGUCUUAUUCCUUCUCGACGACCUCUUAUCUCAAGCUCACAGGCGCAGAAACAGAUUAUGAUGGUAAUAGAUGAAAUUGGAAAGGCAUCAGCAAAGGCCCAGAGGCUACCUGCUCCCAUAACCAGUAGCUCCCGAAUGCAGGCAAACGCGCAUCAUCUGUAUAUAUUAAAGGACUGCACCCCAAAAACGGCAGGCAGAGGAGCUGUGAUUGGUUUCCUGAAGGUUGGAUACAAGAAACUCUUUGUUCUAGUGAGAAACACAAAUUGACAGUGGGGAAAAAAAGUAUAUCUUUGGUGCUUAUGUAUCUUAGACUUCUAUAUCCAUGAAUCACUUCAGCGUCAUGGAUUUGGAAAAGAACUGUUUAGCUUCAUGCUCAGGGUAGGAUCUGAUUACACACGUUGUGUGUAUAAUAUAACUAUGUAUGGUAUCUUCUAUUGUUUUCAUUCACCUAUUUCUACUUACUCUUUUGGAUAUGUUGCUCCCAUUGAACAUUUUCUUAUAUCCCCACUUUUUUGCCUUUCAGAUUCAAUUUCAUCUGUUUAAAGAAACCAAAACAUAAAAGUGUUUUAAAGUAAUUAAAAUAUGAUGCACUGUUGUCCUAGACUGACAAAAAUUGUGUGUUUGCUUCAGAAACACUACUAUAGUUGACAUACACAGUCUUCUGUUGGGGGGGGGCAGCCAUUCAAGCUGCAAGAGGAAAUGCACAGGUUAGGUAGCAGGUAACAGAUAAGCUAUGGAGAACACAAUGGGUUUAGUUUUUACACAGGAAGAUAAACGAGUGAAAUGCCAUUCAUGGCUGUCUUCAGGUCUACAGACUGAUAAAUCGUUCUCAUAUAAAAUAGGACAUUUGUUGCCAAGAAAUGCUUUAGUUAAAGGUAUUGGAUCAACAGAUACAUAUUUUAGAUAUAUAAAAAUUUAUCUAUUGUAAGUUUCUGAUCCUUUAAAGGGGUUGUUCACCUUCGAAACACUUUUUUCAAUUCAGUUGUUUUAAAAUUGUUCCCCAGAAAUAAAGACUUCUUUCAAUUA